AUGGAGGAUAUCGAAGAGAAAUGUUUGCUGAAGAGUGGUGAUGAAAAUGGUGGAGAUGGAGGGAAAGGACGAAUGUUAUACUGCAGAAAAUGUGAGGGUCAUGGUGAACAAAUCAUUCUGAAAGGUCAUGCACCCAUUUGUCCCUACAUUCUCUGUCAAUGUCUUUCGUGCGAAAAACUGAUGAACAAACGCUUGAAGUCAUUCAACAAACGAAAUCGGGAGAAGAUCCAAUUGGCGACAACGAGAAAAAUCUCGGAAACGAAUAGACGAAUCGAGCUGUUUGAUGGAGGAGAUUCCGGUCGUGGAUCUUCUUCAACUCCUUCAAGUGGAACGUGUACUCCUGAUACAGUCAUGUCUGUGUGCAGCUCACAACAACCGAGUUCAUCGAAAAGCUCAUCCACCGGACUCGAAGGUCGAUCGAUGUCAAUGGGAACAAUGACUGUCAUGUCUUAUGAUAUUUGGAAAGCAAAAUGUGCAGCUGAAAGAAAAGAAAAAGAAGAAAAGGAUAAAGAAAGGAAAGCUUCACUUCCUGCAAGAACAGCUACACCUGAAGUGAUGCCGAGGAAGAGAGCUCACACAUUCGUCUCUGUUAAAGACGCUCAACUGCCAAGAAUUCGCCUGAAUGGGCAAAAAGAUGAAAAGAAGGGAAGAUAUAUCACUUUACCCACAAUUCCUCCACUUUCUGUUUUGAUUCCCGAUGAUGAAGCAACGGAUUUCACACCAAACGAGGUGCAAGCCAAGAAGAGCCGUGACGAGAUCAAGUCCAAGAUCGACACCCCCACCGUUCUCCCAGCUCCAGUUCCUCGCAAGAUCGAGGUGUCAAGUGGGCAAUUCGAUUUCACAGAUUGUUUCCCGCAAAACCUGAUCGCUGAUGGG